CCCCCCAUCCAAACCAUCCCCCUCAAUCUCAUUUCUCAUCAAACUCUCCAUCGUGAUGAUGACCACCUCCUUAUAUGGCAGCCUUGUUCCUUUCUUCCUCCUCACAGCACUGAUGAUGGCGCCUGUGAGCGAGAGUCGGAAGAGCUUUCGAGAAAUUGUGUCGAUUUCGGGUGGUGAUCGUGUUGAAAGUGAGGGCACCCAAUGGGCUGUUCUAGUCGCCGGAUCCAACGGUUAUGAGAACUACAGGCACCAGGCUGAUGUGUGCCAUGCCUACCAAAUCCUCAAGGCAAAUGGAUUGAAAGAUGAGAACAUCAUCGUGUUCAUGUACGACGACAUCGCCAAUAACGAGAAUAAUCCCACCAAGGGUAUCAUCAUCAACAAACCCGACGGCCACGAUGUCUACAAUGGAGUUCCCAAGGAUUACACUGGUGAUGCGACCACAGCAGCCAACUUGUAUGCAGUCCUUCUUGGGAACAAGACGGCCCUCAGCGGGGGCAGCGGAAAGGUUUUGAACAGCGGCCCAAAUGACUACGUCUUCUUCUAUUACGCUGACCACGGGAGCACGGGACUAAUGUCCAUGCCUGUGGGGGAUGACAUAUACGCGAACGACCUGAUGAAGGUGCUGAAGCAAAUGCAUCAGGCGAAGAAGUACUUGAACAUGGUGAUAUACAUAGAGGCAUGCGAGUCGGGGAGUAUGCUGCAAGGGUUGCUCCCUAAGGACAUGGGGAUCUAUGCGACCACGGCGGCCAACACUGAGGAGAGCAGCUAUGCCUACUACUGCCCUGGAGAUUCCACUGACGAUGAUCCCUCCAAGUAUGACACUUGUUUGGGGGAUCUCUACAGCAUCGCUUGGAUGGAGGACAGUGAUGCCCACGAUUUGGGGAAGGAAACAUUGCAGAAGCAAUACUUAACGGUGAAGAAAAGGACCAAUUUGUCCCACGUGAUGCAAUAUGGGAACACUGCUCUCAGCAAGGCCGUCCUCUCUACUUACAUGGGUCGGCGCUCCAAGAAAGUCGCUUCCAUUCCCUUGGACGAGCUCUCUUCUUCAAAUUCCCGGGCAGUUCUUCAACGUGAUGCUGAUUUGGUCUUUUUCCGACGCCAGGUGCAAAAAGCGAAAGGGUCUACUAAGAGUGUGGAAGCACAGAAGAGACUGGACGAACAAAUUACUCACCGAUCACAUCUUGAUCGCAGCAUCAAACAAAUUGUCAACCACCUGUUCGGAGGCUCCAAUGUCGCAAGUAUGUUGACUACUGUUCGACCUGGAGACCAACCUGUUGUUGAUGAUUGGGACUGCCUCAAGACAUUUGUGAGGACUUACGAGCAACAUUGUGGACGCCUAAGUGAGUACGGAAUGCAAUACACAAGAGCCAUGGCAAACAUGUGCAAUGCUGGAGUAGACAAGGAUCGUAUGGAGGCAGCUUCUAUUCAAGCUUGUUCUGGGAAAGCAAAGUGAUAACGAUGAUCAGUGUCUCCUCUUAUGUAACGUUUAUGGAGAUUAUGUGCUCCUUCAAAGAACUUAGACUAAAUUUACGUUUACAAACCCUCUAGAUAUCUCGUGAAUGAAUCAGCAAGCCAAAAUGCUGAAAGUAUGUCAGAAUCUUUUCAGAUCGUUAAUGAUACGGUCAGUCUUUUGUUUAGCAAA